AGACUAAAAUAUAAUUUCUUUUCUUUAAUAUUGUUACAUUAGAUUUUUGAAUAUAUUCUUUAUACGAUUUCCUAAAAGCUCCCAAACAACCAUAAUUCCAACGAAUGGUAAAUGUUAAAGUAGCUGACGCAUGUUUAGACUGUCGUGUCUCGUGGUCGAAGCCGCGCCAUCAGUAGCAUUCGGAGCAUUGACGACGUCUCGGGGAUUUCACUGGGAUUCGAUUGUUCUUCACUGGAUAAAAGAGUGGGAGUUGGAAAUGGUGAAGGGUAUGAUAUGGGCAACGGCUGAAGAUAUGGCAAGGAAUAGGGGUAGGGUUCUCUCUCUGUAUCGCCAGAUACUGAGGAGUCUAAACUCUCCUAUUCUGCCGCUGAACUUGGCAGCCAGGCUGCAGAAGAAAGCCGAGGCUCGUGCCAUGUUUCUUCUUGGUGCCGAGGAAAGAUCCCUACAUAACAUUGAGGAUCUUAUUGAUGCUGCAGAAUACACCGUCUCCCUCUUGAAGAAAGGGGAGCUUCCAAAACACAUCCAAGUCUAAAGUGUGCGGUUGCCAGAUGGGAUUGCAUGACCUAACUUUCAGCAUCCAAU